AAAUGUGUGUACGCACAAAAGCUCUGAGAAGUUAUUUUAUUUUUUGUUAAAUUAAAUGGCUUAUUCACUUCACUGUAAAGUGGAUCACUCUGGAAAACUGUGUACACAUGGUCAAAAGAAUGUGUCAGGUGACACAUUCUGUUUAUAAAUACUAAUUUAUGUGCAGGAAAUGGCGUUCACAUGUUUUUUGUUUGUGUCAUUUAUGCAUCUGGCCCCAGGUCCUGAAACCAGAGGACCAGGUCUUGUAUUGGAGCAGAAGUACCAGCCCAGAAGUGUUUUUAAAUGUGGGGGGGGGGGUGAUGAUCAGAUGAAUCAUGGGAGAGAUGACGUGUUUUUUUAUAUAAUAUUCACUGAGGUGAUCACAGGUGAACAGUGAUCAGACCUAAGUCCUGAUCAGUUAUUGAUUAUAUUGAUGUUUCAGUUACUGAAUAUGUGGCUUCAUGAAGUUUUCCUCAGACCUUUAAAGGACAAACAUGACUGACUUCAGACUUGUUUAUAUCAGACACGCACAUACAGUGAGGUAAACAGCAGCUUUAAAUAUCACUGGUGUUUUCAGUGUUGUUUGUGCGUCUCUGUCUGUCUGUCUGGACUGGAACCAGCAGCGGGAUUAUUUAUUCUCUCAGUUCUGUGCAGAGGAAUAAAAUAUUGAGCCCUGUGGAAGGAAUCAGAUUUCUCUGAUUCAGGUUUAAAGUCCUGGAUUCAGUCUCACCUGGACUCACCUGCAGCUGCAGAGUCCUCACUGGUACCAAGAAGAGAGAGCAGCGCCACUGGUCUCUGUGACUUAUCGUCUCGUCUGCUUUGUUGUUUUUCUUCUAUAAAGAAACUGAUUUAUUAAUUAUUGAUCUGUUAUUGGAAUCUGAAUCCGUCUCUAAACCUGAAACAUUUCACCCUCUGGAUUGGACCUCGCUGGACUGGAUGGAGGACUGGGACCAGGAUCUGCUGAGAUUAUCGAUCUGUUCGAUCACGGAUCGAAUCAUAACUUAAAUCCGUCUUCAUGCUUUGUCUGUGUGCGCGCACAGACGAGAGCGUGGACGUGCGCGUGCCCGCCGCAUGGUGUUGUGAGCGCGCCGCGUGGUGCUGAUGGAGCUUCAUUCAGAGUCUGAACACGGGCGGGAGGCUGUCGACGAGGAGGAGGAGGAUGAAGAGUGAUGAAUGAUCCAUCAUCUGAUCAGAUCAUCGAUCCGCGAUGAUCGAUCAGCGUCUGCAGCCGCACUGAUAAGCUCGUUCCCUCCCGGAGCGGCUGCAAGAGGCGACAAUCGCCGUCAUCAAUCAGUCAAUCAAUCAGUCAGUCAGGUCAUCGAACACACCUGGUGUGAGAGAGAGCGCGAGCCGCAGCGGGAGACAAUCAGCUUACAGAGCAGCGGGUCUGCGGGUCUGACUGCGGGUGCUGGAUUCUGGGUUCUGGGUUCUGGGUUGUGGAUGAUGUGACGGAGGAAUCGCAGGUUCGAUCCCCGCCGGAGGAAAAAAGUCAGCGGACAGAGGCCCACAGGUGAUCAGGAGCCGCAGGUGAUCCAGGUCUGUAGGUCUGAAGACUGUUUAACUCCCUCUAGAGGGCAGCUGUGGAACUGCACCUGCACCACCAGCUAACAGCUAACAGCUAACAGCUAACAGUCCUGUGGUUGGUGUUGAGGCUGUUGAUGGCCACAGGAGUGAACUACUGGAGCUCUUAUGAACCCAGUUACAAGGUGAGUGAGAGUGUGUGGGGCGGAGAACAGGAUUCCAGCAGCGAGGAAGGAGGAGGAGGGGUCACAUGGGAAACACCUGCCAUGGAGGUCAAAGGUCAACUCAUCUUAGCACCUGACCCUCUCACCUGUCCGGACAGGAAGCAGAGGGAGCGAAUGGCAGAGCUACAGGAGAGGAGGCGGAGCCUGCAGGCGCUGCUGAGCACGCGAUUGGCUGAGCUCAGACGCAUCUGUCUGCAGGAGGCGGAGCUGACAGGUGCAGUGCCCAGUGACUUCCCCCUGGAGGCGGGAGAGAAACCCCCCUGUGUCCGGCGGAGAGGGGGGGUGUCCCGCCAAGCAAACAGGAAGUGUAGAGCAGAGGAAGAAGACUGUCAGCGUUCGAAGCCAAAAAAAAAUUUAUUCAGUGGAGCUCUGAGGAAACACAGCGACUCCGAACACAACACACACAAUCAGACACACACACACCACGGCAAGAGGACUGUACACAGAGGCUGCCACACAGAUGACACAGUGAGGUCAGAGAGCAGCUCAACAUCAGACUCAACAGGACAUGACAAAGAUGAGGGUGUGUCUCAGUGUCGGCCCCCGCUGGUCUCUGCUGGUUCUCCAGUGGAGGUUUUCUACCAGAACAAAACCGGAAGGAACUCUCUGCACAACAGGACAGAGCAUCCAGAGACUCUUCAGACCCACAAGCCCCUCCCCCUGCCUCCCUCCCACCCACCCCCCCUUCCCCUGCAUCCUCCCCCUCGCUCUCAGGACUCCUCCUCCUCCGGCCCCUCUGAUGCAGGAGCAGUGGGUGAGGCGGGGGUCAAAGUUAAUGCAGCUCAUCGCAGUAACAGCUCAGAUGGCCACCUAGACCGCAUCAACUUCCCGGAGGAGGAGGGGGGGCCACACCAGGGAGGACUGUGGGUAAAUGGUCUGCCGGGGUCCAGAGGAACAAACGCCACAGGUGCAUUCAGGAGCUCUGAGACGCUGACGGACGGAUGGACAAGGACGAAUAACAGACCUGUGGAGGGAGGAGCGAUGGGAGGAGGGGCAGGGCGUGGAAGAGGGGGAGGAAGAGGAGGGGGGUACAGCGAGGUCCUGCUGGACUACGUCUGGGGGAAACAGCAGCUGUUGCAGCGACAACAGUCCCAGGCCAGUAACAGACAGCCAAUCACAUCGCAGCACCAGCUGCUCUACAACGGUUACUCCUCCUCCCAGCAGCCCCCCGGAGCCCCGCCCACCUACCAUGGUCACCACAGCGACCAGCGGCGAGUCAAAGUGACCCGCACCAAAUCGUGCGGCCCCUUUCUCCCGGUGCAGCAGAGCCAGUCCGAUACCCAUAAUCCUCCUCUGUCCACCAUCCAGCCUGAUCCCCACCCCCACCUGCUACCUCCUCGACCCCCACAGCUGCCCCCCAACCAGGACACCCAGCUGGAGGAGGCCACCAGAAGCCUCCACAAGGCCCUCGCCCUGGAAGGUCUGAGGGACUGGUACCUGAGGAACACCAUAGGCUCCACCCACCAAAACCAGGCCAAUGGAAAGGUGAACACAGGGGUCACCACAGGGGCAUCAACUAAGGUGAACGGGGGGGUCAAAGGUCAGGCAGGUGGAGGCGGAGCUCUGCAGCGCAGACGGACAACUCACGGUGUCAUCCAACAGUCAAACUAUCAGACGGAGGAGAGUCAUCAUCAUGCUCCGCCACAUUACAAACAAAUGCUGCCGCAUUCAGCCACGUUCCAUGGACGCCCACUGCACGGCAGGUCUAUGGACAGCUCUCUCUACCAUGACUCCUUCCCUCCUCAGAAACAGGAAGUUCUUCUCAAAGACCCGUCUGUUGACCAACCGUCUCCUGGGACUCUGGUCUGACUCACCGACCAAUCAUCACACUGACAGACGGAUAAACAGACCAAUCCCAGGCUGGCUUCCUGGGAUCAACCACCUGCAGUCACCUGGACACAUAGAACCUCCUCCUGUUCUCCAGGACCUGCAGCUCAGUGUUGACAUGAGGUGGUUCUCUUCAGGUCGCUGCAGCAGCUCCUCACAACUUUCUUCUCUCUGACUUCAUCUGAAACCCCGCCCACCAUGAUGUCACAGAGGAUGAUGAUGAUGUCAUUGCCCAGGUUGAGUCUGUGGAUAAAAAAAACAGACAGAAUGACUGGAUAAACCACAAAGCUGGCUGAGGUGUAUCUGGUAUCUGGACUCAGGUCAGCUGACCCUCCUCUCCAGGUUCAGGUGCUGCUCGGCUUUAAUGAACUGGUCUUUGUAUCAGGGAUAGAAAUGAACUCAAGGACACGUCUAAACAUCGUGGACCUGGACUUGUUUCCCGUUUACUUCUGUCGUAAUUUUUUUACGACAGUGUCCUCGUCUCUCAGCCUCUGCUCAGACAAUCAGGACACAUCAGAGUUUUUAUAAGAACUUUUGAUAACAGUGAGGAUGAGGAUGAUGAUGAUAAUGACGAUGAUGAUGAUGAUGAUGAUGAUGAUGAUGAUGAUGAUGAUGAUAAUGAUGAUGAUGAUGAUGAUGAUGAUGAUGAUAAUGAUAAUGCACUCUCUCUGAGGACACAAGCGUUUAGAUAUCACCAGCUCAGUCCAGCCAACCAGCAGUUUAUAAAUCUGAAAGAUGAACUUUUGAUAAAGUUAAACUGAUCAGAUCAGGUGACCUUGAUCCCUCAGGUGAGUUCUUCAGAAACCAGCAGGUGAAGUUCUCCAGGUGUUUUUACAGUAUGGACUCAGUGUCUCUGCACUAACCGUGAAGCAGCUGAUGCAGGUUGAUGAGCUCAACUGAGCUUCCUGUUGUGUCUCUGAUCAUAUUAAAGAGUGAAAAGCAGCAGGUCGGUGACAGAGUCCACCACUCCUGAGACAGAUCCAGUCCCAGCAGCCCUUACAGCAUCAGGAGCCUCAGAACCUGAAGGACCCAAACCAAAAGUAACCUGCUCACAGCAGUGUUGUGCACAUACUGAUCAAGUUAAUGUACAAAUUCCCUUUAUACCUCCAGGUGUGCAGGAUUUGGCCCCGCUCCCUGCCCAUUAUGGUCAAUGUAAAAUGCUUCAUGAUAAGCAGUUGUUCCUGCGGAGAACAGCAGCUGGUCUGAAGAAAUAAACACAACAGAAGCUGACGUGUUGUGAUUGAUGCAGCAGCCUAUUAGCCUGUUAGCCUGUUAGUUUUACAGACUUUUAGCCUGUUAGCAUGUCAGCCUGUCACACUUUUAGCCUGUUAACCUGUUAGACUUUUAGAUUUGUCAGACUGUUAGCCUGUUGGCCUGUUAGCUUGUCAGACUGUUAGCCUGUUAGCUUGUCAGACUGUUAGCCUGUUGGCCUGUUAGCUUGUCAGACUGUUAGCCUGUUAGCUUGUCAGACUGUUAGCCUGUUACAAACAUCUAACACUGUUAGAUAUUUGGGACAUCACAUAUUAAAUUAAUGUUCUGAUUUGAAGUGAUAUAAAUAUUCAACUAAUCAGUGCAGCUCUAGAUCAAUAUAAAAGAUCAUUAAGUUUCACCUUCUGUUUCUCCAAAGUGUCUGUAGACCUGGAUACACUUGUACAGGUGAAUGUUCUCCAGUCAGGUUUGUUUUAUAAAUCCAACCUUUUUUCCUAUUGGUGUAAGACUUCACAGAUAGAUAGUGAUACAACAGGUCACAUGAUACACACUUGUGACAUAGCAGCAACGGACCAUGCAGAGAAUACAACAACUGUUGCUGUUGCUAACAACAACAACAACCACCAUGUGGUUUUCUUAGAGCUCCUGAUGCUGACGGGCUGAGAGCUGCUUCACUGGUCAUACUGGUCCUCUGUCUGUUUUAUUGAACAUCUCAGUCAAACAUGAAAACAGAUCUUCCUUCCUCCUCCUGACUGAGACAGGAACUGCAGUCAGAGCUGAUCAGGUCCAGGUCUUCAGUCUCUGCAGGACUUCAGAAUCCAGAUCCAGAUCCGGUCUGAGAGCAAUAAGAGGAUCUCUGUGUUUCAACUGUUUCAGGAUAAAAAUGGUUUGCAGCGACAAUCAGACAAUGAUGUCAGUGUUUGUAUCGUGAUUGAUUGGUUUAUUGAUCCUGUUUUGUACUGAGCUCCAGUGAAAAGAUCACUUUAAUGCAGCUUUGUAAACCAUGUGAAGUAUUGAUGGAGGUCUGAUGGUGUCAGGUCUGCUCCACCUUUAUUAUAGAAUAUUGAUUAUUACUGUUUGAUGAUAGGUUUUCUCUGCUGACACCUGCUGAGUCUGUGUCGUUCCUGUGGUCAACAUAAGAACGUGCUUCAUGUUGUUUUGUUGCUGGUCUGUUAUCAGUUUGUUCUCUGAACCAAAAACUCUGAGUCUGUGCUUUGGUUCUGUUCUGAGAUCAGUUUUUAAAAUCAGGUUGUUCAGCUCCACAAAAACCAGUCUGACCUCCAGUUCCCUCCAAACGCAGCCGCGGUCACAUGACAGGUCAGAGGUCAGACGCUCGUUAUUUAAAACCUUCGAACAGCUGGUUAAUGACUGACAUGUCUGGCAUCAAUAAGAACAGAUAUACACUGACUCCACACUGAUGAACAGGUGAGCAGGUGUCUGCAGCAGGUAGACACAAACCACUCAACCUCAUUACUGCCAAAUGAAAUAAUAAUAUUGACACAAUAUUUACUGGCUCAACAUCUGUGUCUGGACCCUCAGAACCAGAUCAGUUUAUCUCCCGCAGAACUCCACAGGUAGAGCAGAAGACUGUGAUGUCACUCUACAGGUAACUGGUCUCUUCACCUGAUUGGCUUUUCCACAACAAACCAGAAUCAACAGAGCGGCAGAUCAAACAGUUCCAAAUAUAAGCCCCACCCAUCUUCAGAAACCCAAGCACAGGAUUGGACACUGCAGCUGUCACCCUCUGACUGACAGAGGUCUGACCACACUGAAUUACUUCUGUCUCAUUAACAUCUGUGGUUUGUUUAGAAGUCGACCCCAGCUCUCAUGUGACCAUGGCUUCAGUCCCAGCAUGCACCUCUUCUCACUCCGGUCUUACACCAAAGCAGAACAGAUGUCAGGACGAGACAGAAACACAAAUGUAAAUAUACUGAGUGACUGUUUCAUGAACCAGUCUGAAUACUGCAGUACCAGUGUGUAAUACUCUGAUACUCAGCACAGUAUUGCACAGUAGAAGUAUUCAGGGCUGUAGUCAGGAUUAUAGAGGCCACAGGUCUCCAGCAGUACUCCACCAGCUGCCAACCAAACUCUGUGCAAUUUUCUGACUAUUUAAAAAGUCUGUUUAAUCAUUGAACUGUAACUGUUGAUUUUGUCUGGUGCUGUUUUUUUCAUUCUACUGAUCAUCAGUUCAUUUAAUAUUGAUUUAAUAUAUUUGUUUGACUCAAACCUUCAGAUUUAGUCUCUGAAUCCAUCAUCAUGUAUCAGGUUUAACAGGUGUAGUGACAGGAGGUGAACUCUGUGUCCUCAGACCUGCAGCCCUGACACUGUUCAGUACUGUACUGUAGUAGUACCUGUACCAUGCAGUACUAGUACUAACUGUAGUACUCUGUUGUACCAGUAGGACUUGUGACGAUGUCCUGUCCCCCUUCAGGUCCAGGACCAGCUGUGUGGACAGUCAGUGUGAUGUCACAGCUGUCUCUGCUGUGAUGUGUUCAGGUGCACUCUGUACAGUUGGUUUUUGUCUCUUUACACUUCUCUUACACUUUGUGUAAAAAUCAUUUUCUAUCUUUUUGGACUCUUCAGUCAUUUGUACUUUUUCACUCUGAAUCUUUCUGCCGUAUCAUGUUGGACAAUGAAAAAGCUUACUGUAAAUAAAUGACUGACAGGCUGUAAACAUGCUUUUUUUAAAUAAAGUUUUGUCUUCACGGUC